CUACCAGCUACCAACAACACUCAGACUGUGUGACUGUGAGUGAGAAAGAAAUCCAGAGACAGAAACCUUGAGAGAGAGAGAGAGAGCGAGAUGAGUGCUUCGACGAGGAAGAAGGUGCAGAGGAAGUGCAAGAUCAGAGGGCGCGUCCUCAAAGUCGAAGCUCUUGACGAGAUCCUCUCCUUCGUCUCUCGAUUCGAAGGCUCCGAUGAGGACGAAGCCAUCGAUCUCCUCCUCGACGAACUCGAACUCGAACUCGAAUCUCAGAAAUCCACUAUAAUCGAGAAAGAGCCGGUGCACCGUGUGGUGAGCCGGCUGUUGGAAGCUGAUGCGGCUGUCGAGGAGAGCUCCGAUCCAUGCUCUGCCGGCGGUUCUGCCAUUCGCGUCGUCGAUGCGUUCCUGGUCCCCAAGUUCAGAUACGACCCUAUUAGAAAGCAGUUCUACGAGCACACAGGCAGCUUGCCUAUUCACGGUGACGCAUCAGCAAAAGCGGCCUUGUAUAGGGAUAGGUUUUUGUUGUUGUUCCAGAGGCUCUCUCGAGAUCAGAAUUUUUCGAAACCUGCUUUUGAAUCAGAAUUUUCACAUUUUGGGAGCUGUGAGAUAUCUCCUAUCCAAUCUCUGGUUGGACAAACGGGUAGAAAAUGGGUAAUGGGAGUAAUAUCUCAGCUGGAGGAUGGACAUUUUUAUUUAGAAGAUCUUACCGCUUCAGUUGAAAUUAAUUUGUCUAAUGCUAAGAUAACUACAGGAUUCUUUUCUGAGAACACCAUAGUUGUUGCUGAAGGCGAGAUGCUGGCAUCGGGAAUAUUUCAGGUGUUAACGUGUGGAUUUCCCCCACUGGAGGAUAGGGAUAAGUCACUUAGACAAAUUGCAGGGCAUGAUUUUUUCGGUAGUGGUACUUUAACGAAAGAGGAAACUAUCAGACUGGCAGACAUGGAGAAAAAAGCAGUCAAUGAUAUGUUUGUUAUUCUGUCUGAUAUUUGGCUAGACAAUGAAGAGGCUAUGGGAAAGCUGGAGACUGUGCUUGAUGGUUUUGAGAGUGUGGAAGUUGUUCCUUCCUUAUUUGUCUUCAUGGGGAACUUCUCUUCUCAUCCAUGUAACCUUGCGUUUCAUGCUUAUUCAACCCUCAGGUCACAGUUUGGAAAGCUAGGGCAACUAAUUGCUGCCCAUCCACGGCUAACAGAGCACAGUAAAUUCCUGUUUAUUCCAGGUCCUGAUGAUGCAGGCCCUUCAACAGUUCUGCCUAGACGUGCUCUACCGAAAUAUUUGACAGAGGAGCUCCAAAAUCACAUACCAAAUGCCAUAUUCUCAAGCAAUCCCUGCAGGGUCAAGUUCUAUACUCAAGAAAUUGUAUUUUUCCGCCAGGAUAUGCUGUAUAGAAUGCGUCGAUCAUGUUUAAUGCCACCUUCUAUGGAAGAAACUGAUGAUCCUUUUCAGCAUCUUGUGGCUACCAUGACCCAUCAGUCUCAUCUCUGUCCACUCCCUCUAACUGUACAACCGAUCAUCUGGAACUAUGACCACUGCCUUUAUCUUUAUCCAACUCCGCACAUGAUUGUCUUGGGAGACAGAAGUCAGCAGAAGGCAUUCAAGUACACAGGAAUCACUUGUUUCAACACUGGUUCCUUCUCAAUUGACAGCACUUUUGUGGCAUACCGGCCUUGCUCUCAGGAAGUUGAAUUGUCAGCCUUGUAACAGGAUAGUUCCUCUUGGUUUUGUCAUUCUCUAACCAUUCUUUAAUCAGAUAUCCAGGAGAGAUGAGUCUGGUAUCGGUGCAUCGCUGUUCUUUCGUGCCACAGCUGUUAAUGUAUAAUAUAGCUUAAUUACCUUGGCCAACCAGAGAAAAUUGUUGUAUAGUAGGAAUGUUAGCCUAGUUGAGACAGUUUAAUUUUAUUUGGAUAAUUAUUUUUAGUGCAUACUACAGGAAA